AAUGGAUAACGAAUUAUGACACUCCCACGAGAAAAAGCUGAGAAAAAAUUGUUUCUAUCGUACAGUGUCGUUUAAAGACGCUUUUACUGAUUUUCAUUUCCAGUUCUCACAUUUCACAGUGGUCUGCAAAGGCGGGCUAGCUAUGGGAAGAAAGACCAACUUCUUUCUCGUUUUCCUGCUAAGUAUUUUGUUGAAUAAUGAGAUUGUUGAAGGGGAUUCAUCGGUGUCUGGAGAUGUGUUCAUGGAGGGUCCGUUCACUGUUAAGGCACUGGACAUGCAAACAUGGGGUCCGUCGCUAGAUAAGUCCUUGCUGGUUGCAGUACCGACUUUAAAGGGAACAUAUCCGGUUUUGCUGUUCUUGCACAGCUACGUUCCCCUGCGCAACAAUUUCUACUGGGACUUUCUGCAUCAGGUGGCUUCUCAUGGAUAUAUCGCAGUGGCUCCACUGCUGUACGACUUCACAGGAUGGGACUGCACGCAAGAGAUGAUCGACACGGCAUCCAUUUCAGACUGGCUGAAAGUAAACCUUCAUUUGCAUUUUCCCGCUCAGCUGAAGGCCGUAGUGCCAGAUUUCGACAGAUUCGCCAUCGCAGGCCACGGCAGGGGCGGGAAAGUAGCCUUUGGCGUAGCCCUAGGCCUGGCGGCCAGUACUGCAGUCAAAAUCUCUGCCCUAGCGGGAUUCGACCCUGUGGACGGAGCAGGCGACCGUCAAAACCCUCCCACUAUCUUAACAUACUCAAACACCUCCCUUCCUCUCUCAAUUCCCGCAUUGAUUGUAGGUACAGGGCUGGGCUCCAAGCGCACGAUUCUUCUGCCGGCCUGUGCGCCUGAGCGGCUAGGGCACGACGAAUUCUUUAAUGAAUCUCCGGCGCCGGCGUACCAUUUUGUGGCCAGCGAUUACGGCGUAAAUGAUAUUCUCAACAACGAGCUGUUCUGGUUGCCGUGCUUGCUUUGCCAGUGCAGGAUCCCGCUUGAGCCAAUGAGGAGGUUUGCGGCGGGCGUUCUGGUGGCGUUUCUCAGGUCUGCCAUGGAAGAAAAUGGAGAAACUUUUGAAUAUAUUUUAAAGAAUCCGGCCGUGGCGCCUGUGAGGCUUGAGCCACCACAGUAUAAGGUGCUUCCUGAUUUUGUUCCUCCUGAAGCUGCGAUACAGCAGGAACCCCAAAUUCUUCUGGUAAAUGGGAUGGAUGUAUCAGCACCUGAUUCUGCAAUUUGAACGAUAAUAUUGUUGCUUUUCUGGUUGGAAAUUGUGUAUAAUAUUGUUAACUGUUUGGAAACAACUCUUAAUAACUUCUGUGUUAAAUUGAUCAAAGUCAUUCUCUGUUUUUACCAUGAAUUACAGAUUUGAUUUUGAAUUUUUUAUACCAUUACAGUUCUUAAUAGUUUUAUAAUGUUGUUAUCAACUGGUAAUGGUUUCUUAGGUAUACGAUUUGUUGGUUUAUGUAA